AUGCGUGCAUUGCGCUCCGAUUGCCCCAAGGAGGGGGACGAGGCUGCGGUAAUGCUGCAUCUCAUCAAGACAGCUCAGGCGCAGCAUGGAGGUCGCUACGGCGACUACCAGCGCUACCGGCGGUACUGCUCCGCUCGUCUGCGCCGAUUGUUCCGGUCGCUGCGCUUCCUCCACGGCAAGGGCAAGUACCAGCGCAAGUCGCUCGAGCCCAACACUGUCACCGAUGUCAGGCAUCUGCACAUCCCGCUGUUCUCGGCGGAGCGCGCGUGGGCGUACGCGAUGGAGCUCAAGCAGGCCAUCAGCGAGGCGGGCUCCGCCGCCGCCGCGCAGGCCGCCUUCGCGCGCAAGCGCGCGCACCUUCUGCGCCGCCUGGCGCGUGCGGCCAGAUGGGCGGACGGGUUCUCGCGCCUGUGCGCCGCCAGGGCCGACUCCAAAACCGCGCUGGAGGCGGAGGCAUACGCGUCCUACAUGUGGGGCACAGUGCUCAUGGAGCGUGAAACGGACUUCGACGCCGCCCUGCAGAAGUUCAGCCGCGCGCGCACGGUGUACGAGCAGCUGGGGCGAGUGGGCGACGUGGAGGAGCAGAUGGAGUGUCGGCAGCGGGCGGAGGAGAUGGAGCCCAGCAUCCGCUUCUGCCGCUACAAGAUGGGCGCCCACGCCCCCAACAGUGACUCCUCCGCUGCCGCCUCCAACCUGCUCGACCUCUCCGCUCACGAGGGCCCUGGGGCCGACCUGCUGCAGUCCAAGCUUGAGGCGGUGAUGGAAGAGGCGCGGUCACGCGAGGCAGCCAACCUGGCGGAGCUGGACUGGCUGGGGCGCAAGUACUCCGUGCUCAACGCCAAGACGCGUGUUUGCAUCCUCAAAGCACAGCAGCUGGAGGCUGAGGUGGCAUCUGCUGACGUGGCAAACGACCGUCGGCUGAACCUGUACGACAAGAUCUUUGUGGCGUACCACGAUGCUAAGCGGCUCAUCCGAGAUGACAUGGACGCGGAGCGGAUCUGUACAUCAGAUCGGAGCCGGGAAGGCAGCCCGCAGCCAGCGAUCCGUGGGAUCUGGCAGGAGGCCAGCACGGAGUGGAUGACGACGUGGACAUGGACGCGCCAAGCGUUGACGGCAACUAGGAAGAUUCCCCUGCUGCGUGGGGAGGCGGGAGGCGCGCUGGCGCCGACGGAGACGAUUCCCCUGCUGCGCGGGGAGGCGGGAGGCGCGCUGGCGUCGACGGAGACUAUUCCCCUGCUGCGCGGGGAGGCGGGAGGCGCGCUGGCGCCGACGGAGACGAUUCCCCUGCUGCGCGGGGAGGCGAGAGGCGCGCUGGCGCCGACGGAGACGAUUCCCCUGCUGCGCGGGGAGGCGGGAGGCGCGCUGGCGCCGACGGAGACGAUUCCCCUGCUGCGCGGGGAGGCGGGAGGCGCGCUGGCGCCGACGGAGACGAUUCCCCUGCUGCGCGGGGAGGCGGGAGGCGCGCUGGCGCCGAUGGAGGCGAUUCCCCUACUGCGCGGGGAGGCGGGAGGCGCGCUGGCGCCGACGGAGACGAUUCCCCUCCUGCGCAGGGAGGCGGGAGGCGCGCUGGCGCCGACGGAGACGAUUCCCCUGCUGCGUGGGGAGGCGGGAGGCGCGCUGGCGCUGACGGAGACGAUUCCCCUGCUGCGCGGGGAGGCGGGAGGCGCGCUGGCGCCGACGGAGACUAUUCCCCUGUUGCGCGGGGAGGCGGGAGGCGCGCUGGCGCCGACGGAGGCGAUUCCCCUGCUGCGCGGGGAGGCGGGAGGCGCGCUGGCGCCGACGGAGAUGAUUCCCCUGCUGCGCGGGGAGGCGGUAGGUGCGCUGGCGCCGACGGAGACGAUUCCCCUGCUGCGCGGGGAGGCGGGAGGCGCGCUGGCGCCGACGGAGACGAUUCCCCUGCUGCGCGGGGAGGCGGGAGGCGCGCUGGCGCCGACGGAGACGAUUCCCCUGCUGCGCGGGGAGGCGGGAGGCGCGCUGGCGCCGACGGAGGCGAUUCCCCUGCUGCGCGGGGAGGCGGGAGGCGCGCUGGCGCCGACGGAGGCGAUUCCCCUGCUGCGCGGGGAGGACUGCCGAGGAGGGGAGAGCAAUGCGGUGCUGAAGAAGGAGGCAGGUGGGGCUCACAGGAAAGAGGAAGGGAGUGGAGGCGCGAGGAGGACAGGCGAGGCAGGAGAGAAGGUGUGCGGUCACCAGAAGUCUCGAGGGCAGCAGAGAAGGAGCGACAGCGAGAGGACAGAGGGCGGCGGUACCAGGAGCGGUCCCCUGCAAGGGGAGAGAAGCGUCGGGAAGAUGCAGAGAGGCGCUGGGAGGAGCGUGAAGAUGCCCGAGGGAGGAGCCCUAGCCCGAUGGGCCCGAGGAGGCUUGGGCGUCACGGCGAAGGAUCUGCGGGAGCAAGAGCGGCUAGGGAAGGAUUAG